AUGGCCCUAAACCUAAACUCAAAAACCACAUUUCUCUUCCACCUUCUCUUCUUGUUAGGUAAUGUAGCAUCUGCCACGGUGUUUACCCUCGAAAACCAGUGCGGAUUCACAGUUUGGCCCGGGACACUUUCCGGCAACGGCGCCGCCAUUCUCGGCGAUGGAGGUUUUUCGCUGCCACCCGGUUCGGCGGUUAAGCUCACCGCACCAUCCGGCUGGUCAGGACGCUUCUGGGCCCGAACAGGGUGCGAAUUUGACGGCGCCGGCAACGGAAAUUGUGUCACCGGAAACUGCUUCGGAGGACUCAAGUGCAAAGGGGGAGGUUAUCCGCCGGUGACGCUGGCGGAGUUCACCAUCGGAUCCGCCAGUAAUGGAAACAAGGAUUUCUACGACGUGAGCCUCGUGGACGGUUAUAAUGUGGGUAUGGGAGUGUGGGCAACCGGAGGAACCGGUGACUGCCAGCACGCAGGGUGUGUUGCGGACUUGAAUGGUAACUGCCCGGAGGAGUUGAAGCUCAAAGACUACGGGUCGGGUAGGGUUGUGGCGUGCAAAAGCGCGUGCCAAGCAUUUAAUAAGGAUGUGUUUUGUUGCACCGGCGCGUACUCAACACCGCAGACAUGUUCGCCCACGCAUUACUCGAAGAUUUUUAAGGCGGCGUGCCCCGCAGCUUACAGUUACGCAUACGACGAUGCUUCAAGCAUUUGCACAUGUUCGGGCUCCGAUUACCGCAUCAUUUUUUGCCCCAACAGAUCUGCCUAG